AUGAUUAAUGCAGCUGAAUCUAUGGUGGCUACGUUGAAAAGCUGCUUAACACCAACUGUUAUCUUCUGCAUCUUGAACCUCACCAUUGCUAUCAUUUACAUAACUUCAUCCCUUAAUAAACAUCUUAUAUUCGGUGAUCAUGAGGAUAACUCUCGACCACAGCUCUUCCAAGUUCCAUCGCCGCUCGAAGAAGUCGAGUCGAUCAACCUCCCUGUCUACCGCUCCGAACAACCCGACCGGUUUGGCGAUGCCACCGUCCCUCAAGAACCAACCCAUCAGCAAAAAUAUGAAGCUGAAGUGGAGAUUAUGAAGCACUGUGUAUAUGCGGAGGAGAGUCACAUGACAAGGAGCAUGUCUGACGCGUGUGUGAAAGCUCCGGCAAAAAGGGAGUUGAAGAAGUCAGCGAGUGAGAAGGCGUUUAUGGCUGAACUGGAGGAAGAGGCGGAUCGGCAGUGGCCGGCGACGGCGAGAGAGACGAAGAAAUUGAGAGAAACAGUGUCGGACGGCGAGAAUGAGGAUGUGGAUGCAAAAGCUGAUGAUUUCAUUAACAGAUUUAGGCAGCAGUUGAAAUUACAGAGAUUGGACUCCAUUUUGAUGUACAAGAAAAUGCUCGAUAGAAGGAUUUGA